AAGUACAAGCAUACGCUUUUGAAAGAGAGACUAGUCAAGAACCAGUGCGCUCUUCCCCAAACCAUCUCGCCGUCCCCGGACUCUCCGCAUCUCGACCUCACCGUCGGCGGGACGCGAUGGCGGCGUUGCUGGGCCGAUGGGUCGGAGUGGCAGCGGCCGCCGCCGCGCUCAUGGCGCUCGCGGCGUUUGGAUCCGUCUCGGAGUCAUCGCCCAAGUCCUUCGUGAAAUCCACCGUCUCCGCCCACGACGUCGUCAUCUUCUCCAAGUCAUACUGCCCGUAUUGCAGAAGAGCAAAAGCCGUGUUUAAGGAACUUCACUUGAAGGAGGAGCCCUAUGUUGUGGAGCUUGAUCAGCGAGAGGAUGGUGGGGAGAUUCAGGAUGCCUUAUUAGACAUAGUUGGCAGGCGUACUGUUCCUCAAGUUUUUGUCAAUGGAAAGCACUUGGGGGGCUCUGAUGAUACCGUUGAAGCUUACGAAAGCGGCAAGCUGGCAAAACUUCUAAACAUUGGAGUCAAAGACGAUCUUUGAGUGGCAUAUUAGCAUCAAAGGCUUGUCUCUUGUUUUGCGUUAUCAGAGCCCUGUUAAGAAAUUCUGAAUUUACAUUUCCAAAGAAUCUAUUACUGAAAGUACUGUUACAAUUUAACCAAUUUAACCAUAGUUUGUGAUA